AUGGGAGAUAGUCUCCUUGUCAAAGUUUAUCAUGCUGAUAUUCUGAAUGUCAAUGUGGAUGGCAUUGUUAAUGCUGCUAACAAAUGGCUUGCUCAUGCUGGUGGAGUUGCUCGGGCAAUUAUUAAUGCAGCUGGAGAUGCUCCUACACAGAGUGUGGCUUUACCUGCAUUAAGCUCUAGCAUAUUUGGAGUUCCUCUUGAUAUCUGCACAAAUGCUUAUGUUAUGGAAUGGCAAUGGAAGACACUGAAAACACUAUUCAUCAGUCAAAAAGAUAAUUCUGGUGAUGGAAAAGAUGAAAACACAAUGACAAUGGAAAAAACAGAAAACACUAUUCAGCAGUCAAAAGAUAAUUCUGCAAAUAUUUCCAGUAAUGGAAAAGAUGAAAACACAAUGACAAUGGAAGACACUGAAAACACUAUUCAUCAGUCAAAAGAUAAUUCUGCAAAUAUUUCCAGUGAUGGAAAAGAUGAAAACACAAUGACAAUGGAAAAAACUGAAAACACUAUUCAUCAGUCAAAAUAUAAUUCUGCCAGUUAUGGAAAAGAUGAAGACACGGAGGUGAAAGCUGUUGAAAAAAGUUUAAGAUGUGUUGCUUGCAAGAAACCCAUCACUGGAGUGAAGUAUGAAAAGAAUUGCAAGCACAUUUCUUGCUUUAAUUGCAUUGAAAAACCAUGCACCAUUUGCAAUCAUUCAUCUCAGACUAUUCUGGGAAACCACCCACCUGGAACCAUGUCUGUCAAGAAAAAUUCCUGUUGGUUUGGGGAACAAAUAAGCAUUAAAAAUGUUUAUGAAAUAGAAUACGAAAUACCCAGUUCUUACCAACAGAAUAAACCAAUAGUGGGAUGUCAUAUGUUGGCUUACUUACCUGUUACAGAAGAAGGAACCACUAUAUUGAAAAUGCUGCAGUUGGCCUUUGAACGAUAUCUCAUAUUUAGGGUUGAAAAAAAUAAUGCACAAGUUUCAUGGGCAGAUAUUCCCCACAAAACAAAUGUUUAUAAAACUAAGGAAAUGUAA